AUGGCAUUCAACUACGGCUUCGACGGGCUCGACUUCUUGCCCUCCCUCACCUUCCCUGGGCACCAGUCGCUUGGGAACGUCAACCACAGCCCCUUCGAGGAUGCGCUCGCUACGCCGCGCCAAUCGAAUGGGUGGACGUUAUCUGAGCUCAUUGAGCUCAACUUGGCCGGUCCAUCGCAGCUGCCGGGAGACGAUCAACAGUACUCGCUCAAUGGUGGGUUUGCGUCGAACUCCUUCGACCCCGCGUCCGACGUCUGCUGGGGCGAUGUCCUGUCGCGUCAUACGACUGUGGAUGGAACGUCGGACGCGAGUGCUGGGGGGCAGGGGGCGCAAUUGGAGCCUCCCCAAUCCAGCUCCUCUGCGCAGGAGGACCUCGCAUUCGCAUACCUUUCUAUGCCCGUUCCUUCGAGCUCCUUGGCCCAAACAUGUUCAGAAGGUGCGCUCACGUGA